CCGUAGGUUCAGAACCGAGUUAGGCUAAUGGCUUCCAUUCACUGGGCGCUGCUACUCUUUCUUGUGCAACUCCCCAUACUGGCCACCUCCAGCGCUCACUGUGAUGGUAACCUCACACUAUGGUGCCAUCCAGAUCAGGCUGCAGCGCUUCUCCAACUGAAGCAAUCCUUCUUUUUUGCAGCAACCACCGCUACUCUCCUUCCCUCAUGGCAAAAUGGCACCAAUUGCUGUCUCUGGGAGGGCAUUAGCUGUGAUGCUUUUUCUGGUCUUGUGACAGUACUCGACCUCAAUGGGUAUGGCCUGAACAGUUAUGGCUUGGACCCUGCGCUCUUCAGCCUCAAAUCCCUCCGACGUCUUGAUCUUAGCAUGAAUUCUUUAGGAGAUUACAGCUACAACAUCACCACUGCUGAGUUUGAGAGGCUCGCUCUGCUAACCCAUCUCAAUCUCUCCAACUCGGGCUUGGAUGGCCAGAUGCCUAUUGGCAUCAGCAAACUUGUCAACCUUGUCUCCUUGGAUCUUUCAAGUCACACAGUUCCCGAUUAUGAUGAUUCUACCACUGCAGCUGACAGUUUUAAUCAUCUUUGGGAGCCCAAUUUUGAGAUCCUGGUAGCGAACCUCAACAACCUAAGAGAUCUCUACCUUGAUGGAGUGCACAUAAUGUCUAGCAACGGUGAAGAUUGGGGCAAAGCUCUUGCAAAAUAUGUUCCUCAUCUUCGGGUACUUAGCUUGGAGGGAUGCGGGCUGAAUAGUCCUAUUCAUCAUUCCCUCUCGAGCCUCCAUUCUCUUGUUGCGAUCAACCUUGGAUCCAAUGAUGUUGGUCCGAUUCCAGAGUUCUUUGGAGAUUUUCCCAAUCUAAGUGAGCUUCAACUUUCGUUUAUGAAUCUUCAAGGGUGGUUCCCUCAAAGAUUUUUUCAACUCAAAAAUUUAAGGGUCCUAGAUUUGUCCUCGAACCCGAAUCUCUCAGGGCAUUUGCCAAACUUUCCUCAUGCAAGUUCUCUACAUACUUUGAGGCUAGAGGGGACCAACUUCUCCUAUGCUAAACCAAGUUCUUCUGGCGAUUUCAAGCUGUUGAGGGAGUUAACUAUUGACAGGAAAUUUCCAUCGAUGGAUUUUCUCUCUUCAUUCGGUGUACUUGGGUCUUUAUGCCGGUUGAAAGUUGAUUUGAGGGACUCAAAAAAUGUUUUGGGACCGAUUUUUUCAUGGAUUGGAGACCUCAGGAACUUGGCGAGCUUGGAUAUCUAUAGGUGCGACUUCUCUUGGACGACGCCUUCCUCCAUUGGCAACCUGAAGGCGCUGAGAAGCUUGAAGAUGUCCGAUUGCAACCUCCCUAGGCCCAUACUGUCUGAAAUUGGCAAUCUCAUUAACUUGCAAAACUUGGAAAUAUCUGGUAUAUACGACUCCAAAUUGCAUGGUUCAGUUACAUCCUCAAUAGGCAACCUCACAAAUUUAAGAAGCUUGUACAUGAAGAAUUGUGAUUAUUGUGGAGCAAUUUUAGCUACAAUUGGCUAUCUCAGAAACUUAAGAAGAUUGGCGAUCUACAAUUGCGACUUUACUGGGGCAUUACCAUCUGCAGUUGGCAACCUCACUAAUUUGAAAAGCAUGGUUAUUGCAGAUAGUCAGCUCUCUGGGCCAAUACCUUAUGCAGUUGGGCAACUCAAGGAAUUGACACAGCUAACUAUUAUAGGCGGGAACAUCUCUGGUAGGAUACCAAGUUCAGUUCUCAAUUUGACUAAGCUGGUUGGACUGGAUCUCUCUUACAAUCAUGUGAGAGGUCAUAUUCCGGCACCUCUUUUCGCUCUUCCAAAAUUAAGGUACUUGAAUCUUCGUUGGAACCAACUUUCUGGUCCUAUAGAAGAGUUCGACGCGCCUUCUUCAUGCUUACAACUCGUGAGUUUGAGCAAAAAUUUAUUGGCAGGCAAGUUUCCCAAGUCAUUCUUUCAACUUGCAGAGUUGGUUCGUCUAGAAAUCAACUUGAACAACUUUGUAGAUUCAGUGGAUCUUUCAUCAUUUGGGAGGUUAAAAAAGCUCACCGAUUUGGAUCUUUCACACAAUAAGUUGUCUGUUAUGAUUGACGAAGGCAAUAACUCUCUGUAUACCUCUCUGUUUGGACUGGACUAAUUGGGACUAGCAUGUUGCAAUAUAACCAAAUUUCCUAGUUUUUUGACACAUCUUGCCCGAAUGGUUUCUCUAGACCUUUCUUGCAACAAGAUCGCUGGAGAUAUACCAAAGUUGAUAUGGGAGAGAUGGAACAAUAGCCUUUUACAACUAAAUCUUUCACAUAACAUGUUCACCGGUAUGCAACUUACUUCAUAUGUUCUUCCAUUCAGUGGGUACCUGGAAGUGUUUGAUCUUAGUUCCAAUAGGCUACGGGGACAGAUCCCUAUGCCAGACUUAUCAUCAGAAUAUUUGGAUUAUUCACACAACUUUUUCUCUUCUGUUCUUCCAAACUUCACUCUGUAUCUCAGUCACACCAACUAUCUCAGUAUGUCCAACAAUAGUAUAAAUGGAUAUAUACCAGAAACAGUUUGCCAUUCCAUGUUGAAUGUCCUUGACCUAUCAUAUAACAACUUUAGCGGGCCGAUUCCGUCCUGUUUGAUAGAAAAUGCUCAACGGAGCGUAUUAAAUUUGAGAGAGAAUCACUUUGAAGGGACGUUGCCAUCCAAUAUUACAAGCGAAUGCACUUUCCAGACAAUAGAUUUACAUGACAAUAAGAUUGAAGGACAAAUUCCGAGGGGACUUUCUAACUGCAGUUAUUUGGAGGUUCUUGAUAUUGGAAACAAUCGAAUGGUUGAUACUUUUCCAUCCUGGCUAGGGGAGCUUUCCAAUCUAUAUGUUCUUAUCUUAAGAUCCAACCAGUUCUAUGGUUCCAUAGAUGAUGUUAUUGGGAACCACCAGUCUGGAGGGUUGUUCCCUAGCUUGCAAAUUAUUGAUCUUUCCUUGAACAACUUCUCUGGCAAUUUGAAUUCAGAAUGGUUUGGUCAGUUGAAAGCAAUGAUGGCCAACUUCAAUGGUUCUGGAGAUAUUGUCCGUGCUACAAACUUACAUGGUAUGGCGGAAUACUACCAAGAUUCUAUCGAGAUCACAUAGAAGGGGUCCGACGUGACAUUUGGAAGGAUCCUGACCACUUUAACAGCAAUUGACCUUUCAAAUAAUAGAUUGGAAGGUACCAUUCCUGAGUCAGUUGGACGGCUUGUUUCACUGCGCGUACUGAACAUGUCACACAAUGCAUUCACGGGAGAAAUUCCAACCCAGCUUGGUGGUGUGACUGAUCUGGAGUCACUAGACCUGUCUUGCAACCAACUUUCUGGGAAGAUUCCACAGGAACUCACAAAUCUCACCUCUCUGGCCAUCCUGAACUUGUCCGGCAACCAGUUGGUGGGGAAGAUACCGCAGUCACGCCAAUUCCUCCCAUUUGAUAUCAAUUCAUUCGAAGGGAAUUUGGGGUUGUGUGGACCGCCAUUCUCCAACCCCUGUGGCGUUUCACUUGCUCCUCCAGGCAUGGCACGCGUGGAGAAGUCUUCUAAUGUGGAUAUCAUCCUGUUUCUCUUCGUCGGGCUGGGCUUCGGUGUUGGAUUUGCAGCUGCCAUUCUGAUGAGAUGGGGUCGAAUCGGCAAAUUGUUUGUCAAAUCUGCAAGAGCUUUGUGGACUUGAUCUGAUCUGGGAGACUAUUCCCUGGUGCAAGCAUGCUAUCCUGGAAGAGAGCUUAUUUCUCUGCCGCAGUCGUUGCUUCCGCAGAAGUAUUGUAAGUAUAGGCUUUUUAUCUACUUGUAUACUUUUUGUGCUGUGAUUCAUGUAUUAAGCCCCUGCUGCACCUUAUCUCCUGUGGUGUAUGCUAUACAAUAUUGCUUGUGGUUAGUUUAGAUGGCUAGAUGGUUGAACAUCUUUGUAAUCCAUCUCCUGUAUCUGUUUGUUGUUACCUCCAGUUUCAAGUGUGAUCAUGCAUAUGUUUAGCCUGGAGAUGAAUCUUGUAACCAUUAUGUUAUCUUGUUUGAGUAUAAAUAAAUGCCACGCG